GCGGUGUUCGUGUACCGUAUACAUGUUUUUCAUGCGCUCGUUUAAAAACAACUUGUACAUGUACAUAACAGCAAUGAUGCUGCGUCGAUAAAAAAACCGGAAUGAAUGAAAUACGGAAUUGUAAACUCUCUACAGUGUGUGCAAUUUCUCAUAUCGCAAGAGCUCAGUAGCAUUUAUGACGUCGAGUUACAAAGAGCGCUUUUUUACUAUCUACGAAUUGGAAGUGUAUAACGGACUACAUUUUGCGCGAGCAGCUGGACUUGAAUCUUGACAUUUAAAUAUAUUACAUAUAUACAGAAAUAUAUCAGUACUCCGUGGUAUCGCAAUAUAUCGUUUCAAUUAUGGAUAAUACAGCCCAGUACGUUUGCCAACUGUCAGAAAGUGAGAAACAAUACGUCGCUACCCAUUUGAACGAAAAUGAUGAGGUGCGGCAACGUUCUAUUGACGAGAUACGGCGCUGGAUUGUUGAAAAUGAAAAUCUGCACGCACGAACCGAUGACUUUUCCAUACUUAAAUUUUUGCGUGCAUGCAAAUUCGACAUUGGAAGGACGAAGAAGAAGUUGAACAAUUUUCACAAACAAAGAGCGAUGUUGCCAGAGUGGUACGCCAAUCGCAAUCCUUUUCUGCCAGAGCUCCAGGAAUUGUUCGAUAUGGGCGUCUUUUUGCCGUUGCGAGAGUUGGACGAAGAGGGCAAAAUGAUAAUAAUCGUGCGAACGAGCGUUCACGAUCCAAACAAACACAAACAAGCGGACGUGUUGAAGGCAGGAAAAAUGGUUCUCGACAUAGCGACACGAGAUAACGAGACUGUAUCGAUACACGGGGUAACAGCAAUAUUCGACAUGGACGGCGUUACCCUUGGCCAUGGUCUGCAAAUGACUCCGGGUAUUGUGAAGCGCCUCGUGCACUCUUGGCAAUCCUGUUAUCCGCUAAGAAUAGAAUCGAUGAAUUUCGUCAACGCGCCGAAGUACGUUAACGUAGUUCUCAACGUCUUUCGAUGUUUCAUGUCGAAAAAAAUGCGCACGAGGCUGCACGUUCACACGCGCAGUAAUACCAGUUUUUUCGAUAAAAUUCCAAGCCACAUUUUGCCGGAAGAAUACGGAGGUCGGGGCGAGUCGAUAAGGAGUUUGACAGAAUAUUGGAAAAAGAUAGUAACGGAAAACACAGAAUGGUUUGCAGAAGACGAGAAGUACAAAAUGAUAUUGGAGAGAUCCUGAGGCGAGAUGAAUGAUGAACUCCGGUAAAGAGUCUCUGGCAGCAACUCGUCAUAUCUUAUAAAUGUACUUGUCUCAGAGUCGCUGCCGCGACUCUAGAUUAUUUUCACGAUUAUCGACUCCCAAUGAGGAAUGCGCGAAUCUCCUCCACGAGUAAAUUUCAAGGUGGAUUUCAUUCUCCAAAAUUAAUUCAAUGCCACGCCGCAUCGUCGUUCUUUUUUAUAUUUGUUAUUAUUAAAAGUUAAAUAAAACGUACACUUAA